AUGCCGCCAAAAACUCGGGGAACCAAAACAUUAAAGGAAUCAAAGGAAAAUGUUCGAAUUUCAAAUAAAGUGGCAGUAAAACCAAGAGGAAUUACUAAAAGGCCACCCAGGAAGGCCCUAGCUGAUAAAACGAACUCUGCUUCCGAUGAUAAUAUCAACUUAACAACCCCUAUAAAGGCUUCAAAAACAGUGAAUAAAAGUGUCGAAAAUAAUGAAGAAAAACCUAGACAACGACGCGUAAGGAAAAUUCCAAUCCGUUUCGCUGAAAACCCUAUAUUGAUUAGUUUAUCUAGUAGCAAUCAUGAACAGUCUUCAACAAAUGAUACCCCUAUCAAGCAAGUUAAAAAGAAGUUACCACCCAAAAAAGUGCACUCAGUGAAAACUGCUUCCAAGACUGUUGAAAACAGCAUAUUGAAAUCUCGACCGAAAAGAAUCUCUAAGUUGCCAUCUAAACAAGAUGGGCAUUUAAUAAGUCCUAAUAAAUUUACCCCAUUGCCAUUAAGUGCUAGCACACCAGUACCCAAUAAAACACCGAUAACACAUCUCUCUAAGCCAGACAAAAAUCAGGAUUAUUCAACUAAAGGUAAAGAGAAAACAUCAAAGACAAACAAAAACAAGCCAUCACCAGACACUAAUAAUAAUGGCAAGAAACAAUUGCAAAUUGAUAAGUGCUUUGAAAAACAAGUGGAAUCUAUAAGAAAAAGGAAAAUAGUUUACAACAAUACAACAUUUAAACUUGACGAAAAGAAGUCACUGAAGAGAAACUCAAAUAAGGUUGACCCUUAUGAGUUCACAUAUGAUCCUAAUGAAGAACCACCACCGCAAAAAAAGAAAAGAAAGAGAACUGCUAAGAAAACUCAGACAAAACCUAAACCAUUUAAAGCAGUAUAUGAAAAGAAUGUGGCAAAAGCGCUGGCUCUAUUAAAAAAUGCUGUUGCAUCAAAUCCUCCCAAUAAUAAGCAGUUACAAGUAAAUUUAGAACCACAGACUAUCAAAAAUAGUGCAAGUACAAAGAGUACUGAAGUUAUAAAUCAAAAAUCUAAGGAUACAAAUGCAAGUACUGAUCUUGUAUGCAACACUAGUAAUACAAAUACAGUAAAUACAAGUGCCCCAUGCGCUAACAAUUACAAUUCAGUAAGAAUUGAAGAUAUUGUUCAAGAUCUCCAAGUUUCUGAUCAUCGUGCUAUUGAUUACUCUCCAGUAAAUUCACCACUACGUGACUUACCACAGACUCCUAAUAUCACAUCUAAUCACAGUGUACUGCCUACUGAAAAUCGACAAGUAAACAAUGACGAUCCAUUGAACUUAAAGGAUAAUUUAAGCUUCUUUGACGAGCCCAUAGCAAGUAGUAGCAUGAACAAAUCACUAAGACAUCCAUUAGCCAGUCCAUGGCGAGUUGAAUUUGGUAGCUUACCUAUAAAAUGGCAAGUCAAUACCUAUGUCAAACCUAAUAUGACUCCAGCAGUGGAGAGUUCAUUUAUCAACAUUGACAGCUCUCGAAAGCAUGUCUAUACAAAUAUUGUUCCAGAUGUUAAUGAAACAUUCACAAAAGACACAAGUUUGAGACAGACAAGUAUCACAUCCUUUAUUAAAGAUAUUGCUGACAAGAGUUUUAAAACGAAAAAGAACUCGACUCCUGUUAAAGCCAAUUCACUAUUUGAAGAUGUUACCCACCAUUCAUUAAUGGUUUCUCCUACAAAGAAUAUUCCAAAACGCCCAAACUUAAAUCACUUUAAUAGUAGUAAUGAGAAUAUGCACUCUACAUCAAAGAAACAAAAUGGUACAUUCUUCGGCUUUGACGAAACAGAAGAUAGCAAUCAAGAAAACAUUUCUCCAGCUAAAAACGAUAAAUGGAGACGGGGUGUUCGGACUCGUUCUAGAGCUGUUUUACAAGAGAUUAACGGUGACAAGGGUCCAUCUAGAGCAGCUAUACCGAUUUCUAGAACCAAACCUGUGCUUAAUUCAGAUAAUUUGAAGGACAUUGAAGGUCCCAAAUCUGGGCUGGAGCCUCAUGCGUUUGUGGAAACGGAAUCUGCGCCAGCAACAACAGAUUUAAAUGCUGUGAACGAAGAUGCCGAGUCUGUACACUUAUUUGAGGAUCUGGAUUUAAUACACCUUUAUCAUCAACCCACCCGUAAGAGUUACAGCAAACCAAGAAAAGUGACAUUCCGACAGAAUUCUAUGUCAGAUAGUGAUGCAUCAAUGAAUGAUGAGGAGCAGGGCUCCACUGAUGAGGAUCAUCUGGAAGACCUGUCUUUUAAACUGCCAAUUGUGAAGCCCAAGAGGCAAGUUAGAAAAAAGAUAACGAAAAAAGGAAAGUUGUCAAAGAAAGAGGAAAAGGAGGUGGAAAACUGGGCGGCCGGUUUCAACUCCAUGUGCGAAGACAUAGAAGAAUUUGACUUAAUCGUUGAAUAG